GCCCCUGGCGCGGGCCAGCCCCGCCCGGCCCCUCGAGGCGGCGCCGCCGCGCCAGCGGCGAUGGAGGGCGGCCCGGAGGAGCGGGUCUCCGCCUGUUUGCGGCGGAUCCGCGAUGCGCAGGGGGCCCUCGACGACGCCAGGCGUGUGUUGGAGGGCGACAUCUUCGGCCAGGGCGCCGUCCCGGCCCCCGCCUCGGCCCCGGCGCCGAUGCCGCUGCUGGAGCCCGGGGCGGCGCUGCGGGAGGCCAGCGCCGCCGCCGACGCGGCUCCCGCGCCGCCCGCCGGGCAGCUGCUAGGCCCGCUGGCGGCGCAGGCCGACCGCAGGCUCGCGUCCAAGGCCUCCCGGGAGGCGCUUGCGGAGCAGCUGCCGGGCAUCGUGAACUCCGAGGCUGUCCCCCGACCGCUGCCUGGCCUCGUUGCGGCCUCCACCGGCAGUAUGAACUCCCAGGCC